AUGUCUGAGCUCAAGCAAAUCCACGCACAGCUCCUCCGGAAUGGUCUCUUCUUCGACGCAUUCACCGCCAGCAAAAUCGUUGCCUUUUCGGCUUUAGAAGACUCCGGAAACCUCACUUAUUCCCGUUUAGUCCUCAGCCAAAUCCCCAAUCCCAAUGGUUUCACUUGUAAUUCGGUUAUCCGAGGCUAUACGAACAAGGGUUUAUAUCGGGAAGCCAUUUCUUUUUACCAUGAAAUGAUUGUACAGGGUUGGAUACCUGACCGGUUCACAUUCCCUUCUUUGUUCAAGUCAUGUAAGGAUUUGGGUGAAGGGAAACAGCUGCAUUGUCAAUCUACCAAGCUAGGCUUCGCUUCCGAUUCGUACAUUCAGAACACUCUGAUGAACAUGUACUCGAAUUGCGGGUGUUUGGUUUCUUCACGGAAGGUGUUUGAUAAAAUGAGUGACAAGAGUGUGGUGUCUUGGGCGACCAUGAUUGACGCUUAUGCGCAGUGGGAUCAAUCAACUGAGGCUUUAAAGCUCUUCGAUAAGAUGGGGAGGGAAAAUGUGGAUCCUAAUGAGGUUACUUUGCUUAAUGUUUUGACUGCUUGUGGGAUGGCGAGGGAUUUAGAAACUGCAAAAAGGGUGCACCGGUACAUUGAGGACUAUGGUUUUGGGUCGCAUUUGAAGCUCAGUACGGCUCUUAUGGAUGUUUAUUGCAAAUGUGGAUGUGUAUCGCUUGCGCGAGAAUUGUUCGACAAGAUGCCUGAGAAGAACUUGUUUUGUUGGAACAUCAUGAUCAAUGGACAUGUUGAGGAAAGUAAUUACGAUGAGGCGUUCCUACUCUUUCGUAGAAUGCAACUCGAGGGAGAAAAGGGGGAUAAGGUGACUAUGGUGAGUUUAUUGCUUGCUUGCAGCAAUUUGGGAGCUCUAGAGCUUGGAAAGUGGCUGCAUGCCUAUAUUGAAAAGCAGAAAAUUGAGGUGGAUGUUGCCCUCGGGACGACUCUAGUUGACAUGUACGCCAAGUGCGGGAGCAUAGACAUUGCAUCGGAUGUUUUCCGAACACUGCCUGAGAAGGAUUUGAUGACUUGGACAGCGUUAAUUUCUGGUUUUGCAAUGUGUGGUGAAGGGAAGAAGGCUUUGGAGCAUUUCCAUGAGAUGCAGAUGAGUGGAGUGAAGCCAGAUGCAAUAGUCUUUGUUGGGGUAUUGGCUGCUUGCAGCCAUGCUGGGUUAGUGGAUGAAGCACUGUCGCAUUUUAACUCAAUGUCUGAAGUGUAUGGGAUUCAGCCUAGCAUUGAACACUAUGGCUGUAUGGUUGACGUGUUAGGCAGAGCUGGUCGCAUAGCUGAAGCAGAGGAGUUGAUUCAGAAGAUGCAAAUGAAACCAGAUCGUUUUGUUUUGGGAGGGCUUCUUGGUGCCUGCAGAAUCCAUGGUAACCUUGAGGCAGCAGAAAGAGCAGCUAAACAGCUCCUAGAACUUAGUCCAUACGAUGAAGGAACAUAUGUGCUUCUAUCAAACUUAUACAGCUCUAUGGGAAAAUGGGAAGAAGCUAAAAAAAUUAGGAAACUCAUGGCAGAAAGGAAUAUAAAGAAACCUCCUGGAUGCAGCCUGAUUGAGGUAGAUGGAACUGUCCAUGAAUUUGUGAAGGGUGAUUCAUCUCACCAACAAACCGCAAAUAUCUACGAAAUGCUUGAUGACAUGAUCAGCCGAUUGAAGAAAGCCGGUUAUGUCCCUCAGAAAUCUGAGGUGUCGUUCGAUAUGGAUGAAGAAGACAAGGAGACUGCACAUAGCCUCCACAGCGAAAAACUAGCCAUUGCAUUUGGGCUGAUAAGUACAAACCCUGGGACAACAAUACGAGUAGUGAAAAACCUUCGUGUAUGCAGCGAUUGCCACACUGCAACCAAGCUCAUCUCCAAAGUUUACAACAGGGAAAUAAUAGUUAGGGACAGGAAUCGCUUCCAUCAAUUUAAGGAUGGUUCUUGUUCAUGUAAGGAUUUCUGGUGA